GCGGGCCGGAGUAGGCCGCAGCCCGGAGAGCGGGGGCUGAAGAAGGCUCAGGCCGGCCUCACUGAUCCGUGCGGGAAGCUCGCCUGCGAAGCGGGGGCCCUGGCUGAUAAGGGGGCCGGGGGGAGCGGCCCGGGCGGCCGGGUGACCGGGGCCGGGGCAGCUACCACGGCGGCCACUGGACAAGGCCAGGCCCCGGCCUCGAGCUCCACUUCCCCGGGUCCCUCGCUGGAGACGCCGCCGCUUAGAGGGGGCGCCGGAGCCGGGGCUUGUCUCAAGCAGAUCGUCCUCCUGCAGCUGGACCUGAUCGAGCAGCAGCAGCACCGGAUCCAGGAGCGGGAGCGGCAGAUCGGGGAGCUCCGCGCCGAGAAGGACACGCUCCUGGCCCGCAUUGAGCGGAUGGAAAGGCGCAUGCAGUUGGUCAGAAAGGACAGCGAGAAGGAAAAACAGCGUGCGUCUCAAAGCCGUGAAUCGGUGGCCGAAAUGCCGGAAGGUCCCCUUCCAGAGAGCGCAGGCGGUGGGGAGUUUCCCCCAGAGGCUUCCCCUCAGUUGCCCGGCCUCACCCCAAAGCCCUUUUCUUUUGGCAGAAAUGCAAAAGGACACAAAAGGAAAUCAGCCUUUGGCAGUGCAGAGCACAGGACUCCUGUUAAGAGACUGACUUCUGACCUUGCAAAGAUGAAGGGCAAGAUAUCUAGGUUGCCUACAGAAGCGGAAGAUGCCGAGCCUGGGGGUUCAGUGUCCGAGACGGGCUGUCAGAGGGAUCUACGAAGUAAAGAGACUCCGGAAAAAUCUCCCUCUCCAGCCGAUACUCCUCUGAGGUCUGCAUGGAGCAGCUCUGCAGCAUCAUCAUUAAAAGACAGUGAAGCAAACCCUGGCGAGAUAGAUUCUCUGCCCUACCUUGCCACCACGGACAUGUAUCUAUGCCGGUGGCAUCAGCCGCCUCCUUCUCCGCUGAGAGAGCCCUCUCCCAAGAAAGAGGAGUGUGUGGCAAUUCCUUCAUGGAGAGAGCAUCCUAUAGAACCUCUUCAGGACUUGAAUGCAUCAGAUGUACCAGAGAAUCUGGACGACGCAGUAUUUGCGAAGAGACAUGCCAAGUUAGAGCUAGAUGAAAAAAGGAGAAAAAGGUGGGACAUUCAGAGAAUUCGUGAGCAGCGAAUCUUGCAGCGAUUGCAGCUGAGGAUGUAUAAGAAAAAGGGGAGUCAAGAGAGCGAGCCGGAGGUCACCACCUUUUUUCCUGAACCUGAUGACGUGGAGUCUGUGAUGAUCACCCCCUACCUCCCCGUUGUGGCAUUUGGACGAUCCUUGCCGAAAAUUACCCCACAGAGUUUUGAGCUCCCCUGGCUGGACGAGCGGAGUCGAUGUCGUAUUGAAAUGCAGAAAAAACAGACUCCACAUAGGACACCUCGUAAAUAAGUUGGGAACCCUUGUCUUGUGACAACC